AAAACCUAUUCUGUGACUUACAUUUAAGUUCAUUGUCAUCAUCCUUGUCUUUAUAUUAAGAAUAGCUGAUUAUGGCUUUGUUUUGACUUUGUGACAUAUAAGGACUAACUUAAAAGAAAAAAGACCAUCUCGUAACCAAACACUGUUAUGGCUGACUACUCAGUGUCUACAUCUAUAAACUCAAAAACGUUAUGCUGUAAAGUCACUAUCUAAACUUAAUAAGGACAAUAUGAGGUGAUAGUACUACACAGCAUGGACAUAUCAAAUGGAAACUCUCAUUUAGUAAAAUCAUUUCUGUUUUCAAGUUGUAUUUUUUAUUUUAUUUUUUGCAUUGCUGGUCAUGGACAGGAAGUGUUGAGUGUCAUUCCGUGAUUUCAAUUGAUGAGGAUGCUCAUGACCUAAUGAAAUAAACAAAGGAGAUGUGCAUCUCAGACCUAGCUGUACAAGACCCAGACUGUUUUUCUCAAAUACAAACAAAGUCACUAUGUUUCUGUCAGGGCAGUGGAUUAUUGAAGUCAUACUGUCUACUGGGGUCCUCAACCGAAAAUGGCAUACCUGCUGAUGUUUGUGACCCUGCUUCAUCUCAUCACACUUGCUGUCCUCUUCAUUGCCACUAUGGAAAAGUCCUGGUGGGUUUGGGGGGAACGGGACAGUGCAGACCUCUGGUACACCUGUAGAUUUGACAACGACAAAGAGGUCUGGAUCUGUGCUUCAUCAAGAGAGAAUGACUGGCUUCAGGCAGUCCAAGUCCUAAUGGUCCUCUCUGUGGUCUUCUCGUCGGUGUCUUUCCUCAUUUUCCUCGGGCAGCUCUUCACCAUGUCGAAAGGGGGGCUUUUCUACGUCACAGGCCUCUGCCAAGUCUUCUCUGGUCUCACGGCGCUCACUGCAACCCUCAUCUACACUCUGCACAACAAAGAGAUCCUUCAGGACGCCCGAGAGUUGAGCCUGGGUCACUUUGGUUACUGCUUCAUUCUGGCGUGGGUUUGCGUUCCUUUGUUACUCCUCAGCGGCGUUAUGUACAUUCAUUUGCGUAAAAAAGAGUAGAACUAUAAGCUGUUGUUCUUUAUACGGUAAUGAACUGAUGUUGAAAAUCAUGAAGACACUGGCAGUUUCUUAUUAAUGUUAAACGCGAAUGCUGGUCUGUGUGGCUUUUUUUUCAUGGAACUGGCGGGGAAAAGUAAGCGUUCUGUAGAGGAAGACAAGGCAUUGCAGAAAACAAGAAAUAUAGUAACACAUAGUCCUGGACAGUAUGACUGUGUUACAUGUCAAACACAGGCCUUUUUGGGUACCCCAGUAAAAAAAUGUAAUAUCCAUGAAAAAAGUAUAGCUUAUGAACACAAAUGUCAUGCUUUUAAAGAAAUGCUUUUAUUGCAGUUCCCUACAAUAUUGUAGAAAAAAUCUCAUUUAGAAAGUAUCACAAAUGCUGUAUUUUUUUUUUUAAAUAAAUGAAUCAACCUAAA